GUUCUCUCUGCUUCUCACCAGCUUAUUUUCUUCUGUUCUUUCUAAGCUCGUAUUGCGUCAGCAAGUCGCCGGCAGCGUUGCUUCGUCUUCAUAGCAUCUCCUGUUUUCUCUGUUCUCUGCCUAGCGCAUCUUAUCGCUGCCGCCUUCAACAAUUGUCUUGCUGUCAGUUGAAUAUAUAUAUGCUGUUCUUGUUGCGCCUCCCUGCUUGUUGAACUCACAUCAAGUACUAAAUAAUAAUAAUAGAAACCUUACUCGCACUUUACCGUCUUUCUUCUCUCCAUUUGCAGUCAUGUCCACGUUGCAGCAGCAGGCGAUGCACCUCAUGCGGGACUUCUUCCGCGGCGAGUACGAGGAGUACGUGGGACGCGCCCUGCCGUACGCCGUCGUCUGCGUCCUUCUCUUUCUGGCUGCGCCGUGGGUCGCCAUGGCCAUCUACGGGCUCCGCUACGGCAUCUUCCAGCGCCCGGGCGAGAUGAAGGCGAUGGCGCUCUCGCCGUUUCUUACCUUCUUCUUCUUCCUGACCGACCCCGCCACCCCGGGCUUCGACCAGCGGCUGAUGCGCAUGUUCCAUCCGAGUCUGCUGCAGGAAGGCAGCGACGGUGGCUCGGUGCAGCGGGGGCUCAUACGGGCGAUGUCGCGCUGUCUUAUCGACAACUUCGGCCCCGUCACGCACAUCCCCCGCGACACCGUCGUGCUGAAGAAGGAUGACCAACAUGUGAACUGCAUAGCGCUAGUGGACUUUGAGAAGGCGAAGCAGGUGCGGUGCCAGCUGUCGUGGAAGCCGCGGCCAGGCAUCGUGAAGCGGUACAAAGCUGCCACCGGUCGUUAUCCGGAGCGGAAAGGUAAGGAGGCGACGACGAUCAACGGGAUUCGCAUGGCCUUCCCCCACACCUUCCAGGUGACCAGCUUCCACGUAGAUCCCAAGAAGGGAGAGGAGUUCAACAUUCUUCAGUACGUCAUCCUGAGUGACUUCGACGACUUCGGCGCUCUCUUUGUGGAGCGCCUCUUCCAGCGACCACCGACCGCCGCCGCGGUGAUGAUGGUGCCGCCGCUGCAGCACAGGUACGACGCGGAGAAUAUCGCCGUGCUGCAGCGCAACGUGCAGACGGUGGUGGAUGCGUGCGGCGGGCUCGCUUCCCCGGUGGAUGACGUGGACGUCGACCAGACCUCGUGCAGGGCGGUGUACUCCACGGCGGAGGCGCAGGCGCAGCCAUCGGUGGCGGAGCCGCUGCCCGGUGAGCCGAAAUCUGUGACAUCGAAAAAUGAAGUCGCGCGGCGAGCGAUGGACGGAAUCGACAUGGAGUACUUGGUGAAGGGAAAGACCCGCAAUAUGGAAGUGUACCUGCGACUGACCUUUUCGGGUCUGCGGGCGAUGGUGGCUCGGUAUGAGCUGCGGUUGCUGGCAGAUGAGCGCGCGCAGGUUAUAGUGGAUCACGACUCAGGCAACACCGCCGUCGUGGGUUAA